AUGUAAAUUCGAAAACCAACACCCUCUCGCUUGUUCUCGCUAUAUAGUUUCUAGAGCUCUGCUUUCUUUGCAACCAAACAGCCUGUUAUCUUGACAUCGCUUCGCUUCGCUUCGCUUCGCUUCAAAUCAAUCAACCAAUCUCUCACAUCGAAACCCUAGUCACCGGAUCAAGUUUGAGCUUUUAGGUUGUUGGGCUUCCUUGAACAGUUAAGGUUUUAUGUCUGAUCUCGACGUCCAAACUCCCACUGCUUUUGAUCCUUUUGCUGAUGCAAAUGCUGAGGACUCCGGUGCUGGGGCAAAAGAGUACGUGCACAUUCGUACACAGCAACGCAAUGGUAGAAAAAGCUUGACAACUGUGCAAGGUUUGAAAAAAGAAUUCAGCUAUAACAAGAUACUCAAGGACCUCAAGAAAGAAUUCUGCUGUAAUGGUACAGUGGUGCAGGACCUUGAAUUAGGCCAGGUUAUUCAACUUCAAGGUGACCAGCGCAAGAAUGUCUCUACCUUUCUUGUUCAGGUAAUUUCAUUCCUUGUGCGAGCUGAUGAGUUUAACAAUCAGUUUUUCUCAUUUGGGUUGUCUCCAAAUACUGAUAUUUAGGUGGAUCCAAAUUUUUAAUUUUGUUUUGUUUGGUCAGGCUGGCAUUGUGAAGAAGGAGAAUAUUAAAAUUCAUGGUUUCUAAGCUGUUGCAGUAAAUUUAAAACUCCACACCGUGCUCUCCCUGCUCUUAUCAAGAACUUUAGAGAUAUUAAAUCUAUUAUUAUUAUUAUCUUGCCUAUGUUUGGUUGUAUGACAUAUGCAUCAUUUGUUUCUGGUGUUGUCCAGAUAUCUGGUCUCUAUAUUGUGGGAUGAUAAUGGAAUUCUACACAGUUUGUAUUUGUGUAUUAAAUAGCUAUUGCUCUCUCGAGUCUAACAAUAAAUUAUCGAUGAAGUGUUGGGGUGUUCCUGGUUAA